UCUGAAAAUGGCGGCGCCCAAUUAAUUCACAUGUUGGUAUUUAAUUAGCAAAAUUCUAAGUGAGAUCACUUUCUAACCUGCGUAAUGUCGUUAGUUAUUGGCAGGAGAACGAUACAGUGGCCAAAAAUGCUUCUUAAGACAACACAACUGCAUCGUAUUAGAGAUCUAACCUUCCGAAAAUAUUUCAAUACAAAUGCAUGUAAACAUGCUUCCUUCAAAACUUCGAAGGACAUCGAAAUAGAAAGUGUACGAAAUAUUGGGAUUCUGGCUCACAUCGAUGCCGGAAAAACAACAACCACUGAAAGAAUCCUCUAUUAUACUGGUUUUACCCGAUAUUUAGGAAAUGUUGAUCAAGGUACCACUGUGACUGAUUACAUGGAACAAGAACGCAACAGAGGAAUUACCAUCACUUCAGCUGCUGUCACUUGUUACUGGAAGAAACACAAACUCAAUUUAAUUGAUACUCCAGGUCAUGUUGAUUUUACAGUUGAAGUUGAACGAGCACUACGUGUCCUAGAUGGAGCUGUCACUAUACUGGAUGCCUCAGCAGGUGUGGAAGCACAGACAUUAACAGUUUGGAGGCAAGCAAGUCGAUAUUCAGUUCCUCAAAUCAUCUUUCUCAACAAAAUGGAUAAACCAAAAGCAAAUGUCAGACAUUGUCUUCAAUCAGUGCAGCACAAACUACAGAUAGAACCCUUAUUGUUGUGUUUUCCAUUGGGCAGUGGGAAAGAUUUUACUGGUUUUGUUGACUUGGUCACUUUGGAAAUGUGGACAUGGUCAAAGGAGUCUCGAGAUGGAUCACAAUUUAGUGUUGAAAAAAUCGAUGAAUCGAAUGAAGAUCUCUUUGAAGAAGUUAUGGCACACAGAACUCAUCUGAUUGGUCAGUUAUCUGAUUUGAGUGAAACAAUUGCUGAGUAUGUACUUCAAGACUAUGAUUUAAAUGAUAUUCCAGCGGAAGCCAUACAUUCAGCAAUAAGACAGGUGACAUUAAAACAAAAAGCUGUACCUGUUUUAUGUGGCAGCUCAUUGAAAAACAAAGGUGUACAACAUUUGUUGAGUUGUAUCAAUCAUUAUUUACCAUCACCUCUGGACAUCGAACAUGACUUCUUAAAAUACUAUGGCAAAAGUUUAGUUUGCUUGGCUUUUAAGAUCAUCCAUGACAAACAACGUGGACCGCUAACAUUUCUUCGCAUAUACAACGGAGAAUUGGUAAGCGGUGCUUCUAUUUACAAUGUCAACCAGAAACAAAGUGAGAAGGUAAUGAGGCUGUUGCAAGUGAAUGCCAAUGAAUUUGAAGAUAUAUCCAGGGCAACGUCUGGCAGCAUUGUUUGUGCUGCUGGAUUUAAACAGACAAUCACUGGAGACAGUCUUGUAACAAAUCAUGCAACAGCUGAUGCUGCCAUGAAACUUUACAAGAAGGAUCGUCUAAGUCAGCAAGAUGAAGAAGAAAGCAACCACAUUGAUAGCCCAGUUUUAGCAGGUUUAGAUAUUCCAGACCCUGUGUUCUUCUGCUCUGUUGAAGCUGACUCUAUAUCAGAUCAGAAACAUUUAGAUUAUGCACUUGAAUGCCUUCAAAAAGAAGACCCUACUUUGUCUGUAAGAAUUAAUCCUGACACAGGUGAAACUGUUCUAUGUGGCAUGGGUGAACUGCAUUUGGAUAUUAUACGCAACAGAAUUAAGGAAGAGUAUAACUUAGAAGUUCAUCUUGGGUCACUGCAAGUAGCUUACAAAGAAACCAUCAAAGAGACAGCUUAUGUCAGUGAGAUUCUAGACAAGACCCUUGGAGAACAGCGCCAUCAGAUGUUCAUAGCAUUAUCUGUGGAACCAAGUGAAACAAGAAACUUCCAGCAUGUGAAUUUGGUUCACACCAAAGAAAACAAUCUGACACAAAUCCACAGAAACCAUUUGAAUGCCAUUGAAAACGGAGUCAAAUCAGCUUUAACUGCAGGUUUGAUACUAAACUUUCCUGUCAUUCAUGUUUCUGUAUCACUUCAUGAAGUCAGCAUUGGAUCAAGAACAUCCCUUCCUAUGAUCAGCGCUUGUGUUAUGUCUGCAGUUCAAAAAGCCUUGCGUAAAGCCAACACUUUUCUUAUGGAGCCUCUUAUGAACGUUCAGAUAAGUUGUGAAGAAACUUAUUUAAAUGGUGUUCUUGGAGAUUUAGCCAAACGACGUAGCCAAAUUGCUUCAAUCCAACAGCAGCAGGAUUUACAGUUUAUUUCAGCCUUAACACCUGUUUCAGAAAUGGUUGGCUAUACAACAACACUUAGAACUUUAACAUCUGGAAUGGCUUCCUUCUCAAUGGAACUUUCCCACUAUGAGUCUUUAUCACCUGAGAAACAAGCCGAAGUCAUAGAACAAAUUUCAGGUUUCUCUCAAAACAAUUGAUGCAUUUGGAAAGACAAAAUAUUGCUUUUACAGUCUAAAUUAUCAAUUGUUUAGAAAUUGUAUAAAGGAUAAAUUGUAUAAUGGAUAAAUUAUUUUUUAAAGUUAA